AUGGCAAAGAAUGCAGCAGCCGUGCACCGUCUUUCCACCAAGGCUCCGUGUUUUCCUGUUCUACUGAUCUGUCUGGUGUACACGCUACCUACCGAUGCUGCUUUGCUUUGCUACAGCUUCACUGUUGGCAAGUCAGGGUCUGGAUUAUGGUGGCACAAAGUUCAAGGCCAAUUGAACGAAGAGACUUUUCUUUCCUAUGACAGUAACAACAACUGCCAUGUCAUUGGUGUUCUGGGGAACAAACUGAAUGCCACAAAGAUCUGUGAAAAGCACAGUGACACUCUGAAAGAUGGAGUUGACCUGCUCAGAGAUGAAGUGAUUCACAUGAAGCAGAAGAAUAAUACAAUCAGAGAGCCCCUCACUCUACAGGCCAGGCUGUGUUGUUGGCAUGAAGUAGAUGGGCAUUUCAAUGAAUUCUGGGACUUUGGCCUCAACGGACACAAAAUGUUGCAUGUUGACACAAGCACUGGAGAGUGGACUGAAGUUGACCCUGGAUCCAGCUGGAUGAAAGAGAUGUGGGAGAAAAACAGGGAUGUAACUGCCUUCUUAAAAAUGACCUCACAGGGGGACUGCAGGGCCUGGCUCCAGGAGGUCAAGUCACACUGGGAAGAAAUGCUGGAGUCUACAGCCUCACCAACUGCUGCCCCAGAUGUGAACCAGGUUUUGUCCCUGGCCAUCAAGCCUAACAUCUCUCUUCCACUGAUAAUUCUUCCCUGUUCUGUUCUUCUCUGGUCUCUGAGAAGAAUUCUUGACAGUGAAGGCUGAAGAUGCUCCAGAGAAGUUGUGAGAGUUCAUCUGGUACCACCACUCUCCCUUCCAUCAGCCUCCACCAGAUGAAUCAGGAUGCUGCAGACACAGCAUUUUAUGGUCUUCACUCUGUGUAGUUGCUUGGGCCCUUUCUUAUCACCUGGUACUGUUUCCCCUCUGCUUCCUUGAGAGAUUUGCCCUUAGCAUGGAUCUGAUUGAACUACAGAUAUAUAGAAAAACAGGGUUAAGUUCCCCAUAUUAGUUAGCAUAAGAAAGAGCAUACGUAGAUCUCCUUAGUGGGAAUGUGAAGUUAUUACUCCUCUGUAUAUAACUUAUCAGUAUAGGGGUCAGUGUGAGACAGAGUAGAAAGACCCCACCAUGCCUAAGGGUAACCAGCUGGAAGUUAAAUUCUGUUAAGGAUAUUAAUUUUGGAAUAGAUAUUUAUUAUAAUCACACUUGCACUAGGCAGUUUUUCUAGCACAAAACAAAGAAUACUGUGUUCAUUUUAUAUGACUCUAUAUGAUAGAAAGGGACUGUUUUGUAACAGAAAAGUUGUUAUUUUGUAAUAUUACCAUUAUAAGUUAGUUUCUGUGAUGUGCACUAGGUCCAGCAAUGGCCACAUGCACACUGAGAACAAAGAACCCAGAAGCUGCUCAGUCCCACAGGUAGGCUGCCCUUGCAGUGACAAUCUGGCAGUGAAAGCCAGAAGGUCCUGGGAGCUGGUGCUGCUGGGUCCACAACCUCCUGUGCAGAUCUGGGUCAGUGCUGCUCUCCACUGUGCUCAGAGAAGCUUCUUCUGCUCAUCCAGACCCAGGAUGGAAGGAGAGUGAAAUCACACU